AUGGAGCGAUGGACUCUCAUGUUCGAUGGUGCUUCAAAUGCUACAGGUCAUGGAAUUGGAGAAGUAUUGAUGUCGCCCAAGAAUUUUCAUCUACCAUUCACUACAAAACUUUACUUCACCUGUACGAGCAACAUGGUUGAGUAUGAAGCUUGCAUAUUGGGACUAGAGGAGGCUAUUGAGUUAAGAAUUAAAAUCCUUAAAGUAUAUGGAGAUUCCGCUCUAGUGAUACACCAGAUCAGAGAUGAUUGGAAAAAGAGACAUGCUAAUAUAAUUCCAUAUCGGGAUUAUGUGCUGAAGUUACUCGCAAAGUUUGACAAAAUCACUUUCUCAGAUAUUCCUCGAGAAGAGAAUCAGAUGGCAGAUGCCCUGGCAACUCUGGCAUCCAUGUACAAAUUGAUAUGGCAUAACCAUCAACCUAAUAUUGAAAUUAGGCAUUUUGAUGAACAUGUCCAUUGUUUGACAACAACAGAAGAGUCAGAUGACAAACCCUGGUUCUUCGAUAUCAAACAUUAUCUUGAUAAACAAGAAUAUCCAGUAGAGGCUUCUAGCCUUGACAAGAGGACUAUACGGAGGUUGGCAUCGAAGUUCUUCCUAAAUGGGGACGUAUUAUAUAAACAGAAUUAUGACAUGGUCCUACUCAAAUGUAUGGACAUACAUGAAGCUAAUCAACUCAUGAAGGAUAUACACGAAGGAUCCUUUGGCACCCAUGCAAAUGGACAUGGGAUGGCUAAGAAAAUAUUGAGGGCCAGUUACUACUAA